GAUCAAGUGUGUGGGUGCAAACGAGAUACGGGCUACCAAACGGAAGGGGGUCAGCUCGCUGGUCUUGGGCGGCGAGACCAGGUGGAUAAAAGACUGGACUGUAUCGGUUGAGCAGUUCAUCGAACACGUUUACUUCUCAUUCGACGAAGAAGACUGGAAAUCCAAGGUCCACUACGCGUUAGUUCUUGCCCUUUCUGCUCUCUACCCGCAUGUCUGCGAAGCUAACGCUCUGCAGGACCCGGCUGGCUGCUCACUUGUACGCCGAGCAUUUGCUUGACCGCGAGCACUUCUCCGAGUGGCUCGUCUUCAACCUCGAGAACAGCUCCGAAGCGAGGCUUCCGAUGUGGAUGCUCAUCACCCAGUUGUACUGGAAGGACCUGCUCAAGCUGAGGAAGUAUGGCCGGCGCUUGGUUGCAGCGCUUAUCAGCCAUCACCACCUUAUCUCUAAUCACCCCGACAAAGACAUUUUAUCCCCGCUGCUCCAAAGCCUGACGCAAAGUCUUAACACAUUAAUAUUGAGCAGCCCUGAGAACUUCUUGUCCCCGUUAACAUGGCCGAAGUACCGAGAUGGCUUGAAGGCGUGUCUGCCGGCUGGCGAUGAAACUCGCCUCAACGUGUUCGGGGCCAUAAAUUUACGGAACGAGCAGCUCGCGGCCGCCGCGAACCGAUCGCAACCUGCUGCCCGGCAUAUCCUGGUGCGGAUGUUGGAUGGCACCCUCCAAACUCCCAUGGCCGCCGAACUUCCGUCCCAAUGUUGGGGGAUCUCCAAGGACAAGGAGGCGUUGGCGAAAGCGUUGCUCGAGUGGUCCACCUCGCUAUACCGCCCGGGCCUCGCAAAGAUCUACGUCGCCAGCCGCAUCUUGCAGCACUGGAACACAUUGGGCUUGGACCCCACCCUGGCCGUGUUGGACUUCCUCAGUGCCGGCGCAUGCCAGGAAAGAAAGCGCAAAUGUGCUCUCUAUCACGUUGUCUGUGAGCUUGCGCGGUCGGGCAUCUUCUCACUACCCCGAUACAUCCAGUGGCUCAUACCCCUGGGAGGGAUUAGGAACCCAGAGGAUGUGUUACCGGACGGGCCCGGUCCAACCCGUCUCCUUGCCGAGAUUCCGCCGCACGCUCUCUCGGCGUCUCAGCGGAACCUCAGGAGCGGCAUGCUUCGUCGUGCCUCGUUCAGCGUGGCAGACGAGGCACAAGACACCGAGUUGGCCAUCAGGCACCUGAAGCAUACCUUGGGGUUGGCGGUGGAUCCAGCCGAUCCGAUCCUGCAGCGCGUGCCGCUAUCCAUUGCCAAGCUCUGCAAAAAGAUCAAAUCCGCCAGCCGAGCGCUCAAGGCCGAGGUUGGUUCCUGGCUAUGUUCUAGCUUCGCUGCCCACGCCGACGCGAGGGCCGAAGAAGGGGCUCCUCAAGUCCCGGACAUAUCGCCCGCCAUAUUCUACGCAGUUCGAUCCGUGCUCGAAGCGGCUGAGGACUUCUCUAUGCUGGGAGACAUCCUAAAGACGCUGACGAAGCACUCGGGUGUUGAGAUCCUGGCGGCCGUUGCCGACACGGUCAGCCGGCAUUUCUUCAUCUUCUCAGCUCUGGGAGAUUCGGUACCCCUGUUCCGCAACCUCCACGAGCGCCUCACAACCGCCGUCCGUGAGGGAGGGAUGGCGGUUCGCCCGCUUCUCGCGUCGCUCGUCACGCUUGCGCCGAGAAUACCCGGCAUGGAAGAGCUUGCUUCGCAGCUGAGGCGGGACCUGGCGCUGAGCGACCGGCAAAACCCCGUGGACGCUUGCUCGCCCGUGUCGGACAACAUGGUUUCCCGGCUGCAGGACGACGCCGGCGAGCUACACGAAGAGAUUGAGAAGCUGCUCGCCGCGGGAUCUAGCCUAGACCGAAACACGAUGGAACGGCUGUUCCAAACUAUCACGCAGCGGCUGCAAGCGUGCUGGGGCAAGGCGCAGGACAGGCAGCGGGCCUACAGCAGCUUGCUGGGCCGGCUGCGCGUGUUUGAUAGCCAACACUUCGACGGGCUCAUGGUCAAGUGGCUGCUGUACCUGCGCACGCUCAGCAGCCGUCCGUCCAUCCUCCAGAUAUUCCCGCUGCUCGUCUCGGUUGGGUGCUUGGACUUGGGCGCUAUCCUCGCGACGGCCGCGGACUUUCCUACUGGGCAGGGUGCAGGCGGCGCAAGGGCAGCUGCCACGGGCGCCGGGGCGCCACAGGUGGUGCAGCUUACCUAUCGGUCGAGGUACAUGCAGGAAGUACUUCAGCUGCUCACGGCGCCGCUGCCGCAGAACGACCUCAUGACGGUCGACGAGGUUUAUCGGUUUGCCAUCCUCCAGGACCAGGCCAUCCGAGAAUGCCCGAAGGAAGUACUGGGUCUCAUCCUCCUGGCGUCGGCCGAGUAUUCCUACGCAAAGGCACAGAACGACUUCGAGGCCCUCCCUUUGGACUCGCCCUCUGUCGUGGAGAAUCUCGUCGAGCUGCUCAAACGCCUCGUGUUGAGGGACGCCACCGGAGUGGCUCGGGCCUUAGGCGCCAGGAGCCAGAAUCCGCAUGUCAGCGGCUGGAUCGACGCCGUCACAACAAAGCUUCUGAUACCUGCUGCCGACACCCCGGCACCUGUCACGUUCGACCAGGUCCUGGAGCUGACAAACGAAUUCACCCUGCCCUUCUGCCAGGUGAAGCUCGCCCUGAGCCUGAGCUCGGGCGAGCAGAACACGCAGGAAGCCGCCGACCGGCAGCAGUCGCACGUCGAGCUCUUCGCCAACGCCAUGGACAAGGCCAUCACCGCCGGCAACAUCUCGUGGGUCGGCAUGCUGAGCUGUCUCAGCCCCGACAUCACGCAGCACCUCAAGCUCCGUGCCCAGAACCGCUUCCUCGAGCUACUCCCUUCCCUCCGCAGCAUGCCAAACACCGACGCUGCCGCCCUCGCCCAAGACCUGCAGAUGGCCGAGAACCUGCUCUCCGUCAUCGACGCCGUCGUGCGCGGCAGCGCCGCCCGCCAGACCUCGCUGCCGCCCUCCAUCGUCGACAAGCUCGUCGACCUCUGGGAGAUCCUCGCUGCGCCGGACGACCGCGACCCCGGCACACCCGACCCCGCCCUCGCCGCCGCCAAGUCGACCGUCCUCACCAGCUGGCUGCCCCUCACCCUCAACCUCAUCACCCUCCACGCGCAGGCCCAGGCCCAGGCCCAGGCGCAGACACAGGCCCCGCCCGAAAACUCGUCCAAGCCAGCCGCCGGCAAUAGCAGCGACGUGCGCCCCAAGAUCCUCGUCGCCUGUGCGGGCAUCAUGCAGGAGCUCGACGCCCUCGUGCUCGUCUCAGCGCCCACCCCUGCGGCGGCGGGAGCUGCGGCGCCGGCGGAUCCUCCCCCUUCUGCUGGUGCUGCUCCUGCUGCUGCUGCGGCAGCGGCGGCGCUCGCCCGCCGCGUGUUUGAUCUGUCGUGUCUGCUGGUCGACACCCUGAGCGAGGACGCGCGCGCCAUGUGUGUGCGCGCGAUGAGAGACGGCGCCGCGGCGGAUGCCAGGCUGCGGUAUAUCUUCAGCAUUGGGGCUGCGAGCGGCGAGGGGGGUGGGGAUGGCGUCGUCGGUGGUGCUGGUGGUGGGGCGGGGACGCUGUGGCUUUCGCAGCGGGAAAAGGUGUCCUCUUCCUCUGCGAAUGUAAAUGCGAACGCGAGUGCGUCGGUCGCUGCCGCUGCCGGUGCCGGUGCUGCUGGUGGCGGUUCCGCGCGCUCUGGUACUACUACUACGAACACCGGCGUUCCUACCAACACCACCACUCCUACCACCACCACUCCUACCACCACCACUCCUACUACUACGACUACCACCACGCCCGCAACCAACCCGUCGAACACGCUCUUCAGCGGCCUGCUCGGCACGCCGGCCUCGCUGUGGGGGCUCGACCGCGGGCAGGCGGGCGAGCGGCUCAGCGUGUUCCAGUACCGCCGGUGGGAGACGCUGAGCGAGCCGACGCCCAAUGUUGGCGAGAACGAUACCGCGCUGAGCUUGAGCCUGUUCGAGGCCCGGCGGGUGCAGUGAAGGUGGGGGGAGGGGGUUGUAUAACGUGGAGGAUUACCCCGGGGUGGGAGAGGGGGAGGAAAAAAAAACUCCUCCGGCGAGGUUGGCGAGGUUGGGGCUGGCUGUGUCUGCCGGCGAGGUUUGCGCUGCCUGUGUCUGAGCUGGGGGGAGGGUAGGGA